AAUAUUCAGUUCGAAUGUGCAUUUCAAGAUCAGAAUGCUCGUUCGAGAAGAGGACUUUUCUCGCCCCGUAAAAAAUCGACAACAAUUUCCAACAGGAACUUCUAAAUAUAUCCGUCGCGUCAAAUCUACCUAAAUCCAAUGAAGCGAGUCAGCUCGUACGCGCCCUGUGGCGGAUGAGCUGACUGGAUUGUAGCGGUCACCUGCUUUCGAAAUCCAUCGCUCACGGCCUCGCUCAUGGCGCCAUAUAAGUGCACGAGAAGGACCGAUUCCGAAAAGUUCACUUAUCGAAAUAAACUCUCGAUUUGGUCUGGAAUUCUGUGUUGCUGAGGUUCUAAAAGCCGAUCGAUCUACGCUGUUGACGAAGAAUCAAGUAUUCAUCUGUCGGUAACAGGCUCACAGACUGCAGUCCUGAUGGCGUGUAAGAGCCGCGAGGAGGAAGAAAUGGCGGAAGUGGAGAUCUGGAGUCAGCUUGACGUAGAUGGUAGACUCUUGGGAAUGAUCCUGGCUCGCCUGCCCGUGCCAAAGUUGCUCCAGUUCAGGACAGUUUGCAAAGACUGGAAAUGUCUCAUUGAUUCUUCGUAUUUUUCUGAGAUUAGACGCCAGGUUCCGAGUUGCGUGAAGAUAAAUUUUCUGGUCUUGGAACUUCGUUAUCCUCAUGGUUAUUUCAACCAAUUUGACCGGCUCCCCCUUUGUCCUCAAUACUGUGCAGUCAAUAUAAACUGUACAAACUUGCGCAUGUAUGACCCUGUUCUCGAUACUUGGUACAGAGGUCCGUCUUCAUUUCUCACACCCACAAGGCAUAAACUCUAUUUACAAUCACAUCAUAAGGAUUGUCAACUGUUGUACGUCGUAUUAGAAAAUGGACGAGAAGGAUCCGGUCUCUUGGUGUGCAGACCAACCUCAGGCUCUAUAUCAGAGAGAUCUUUGAACUCUGAUCGCUUGAUUGCUAUGCCAAGAUUAUCAGGGCUACUGUCAUUAGUGGUCUACGAGGAAACUUCCAGCUUCAGGUUGAUCUCUGUAGCGUUACAUUGCAGUGAGAUUGCAUGCCCUUGCAAGGAAACCCUGUACUUUCACACCGAAAUCCUUGAUUCUGAAUCCAACGAGUGGAAAGCAGGACCUUGUAUCAAUACAAACUUGAAGGUAAAACCUGCUGAACAGCUUAUCGCGAUCCCCACUGUAAUUGGCCACUGCGUUUACUACUUUCUGGGUUGCCGCCGCCUUGAAGAACGGAUUUACAGUCCUGAUUCACCUGCAGAAAUUGAGGACCUCGAUUGUUCUGCCGUGUGGAAUGAGUUUCACAUCUCAUUUGACUGGAAGAAGAGUUCUUGGACUAAAGUUGCGGGUAAUCUGCCUCAUGGAUUGUCAACUCAUUUCGGCGUCAUCACUUUCGAACGAAAUGGAUCAAUCGUACUUGCGGACCUUACCCGCACUGAUGAUUCUGCCUGGAAAGAGUCUCUAGGAUUGAAACUUAGACUCAAUUCCUGGAAUCCUUCAGUCAACCCUGACUCUGUCACUUGGACAGAGAUUCCAGUGUCUGUGCUUCCCAAAGACGAAGACUUUCAAGAGCUCUUUUCUGAUCAGAGACGAAUCAGUUAUGUAGGUUGUUGGAGUGGACACGAAGACCAUCUCAUUUUCUUCUCUGGGUUUUUGUGGUCUCAUCGGGCUUUGGUGUACAAUAUAACAAGUAAGGAGUGGACACUUUCAGAGUUUGGCCCCAAAACCUCAACCUCAAUAGAACGGUUCCUGCCAUUGCCGGUAGAAAUAAGAUAAUAGAAAUCUCAUCUUCCGUGUUCACGUAAAAGUUGUUCAUAUCCUCACUGUACAGCCGUGGAGUAGUCUCUAAACAGAAUUGUGAAACAGAAUCAGAGGUAGAUGCAAGAGGCUCCAGUCCUCCACGUAGAUUCACACUAGAUUGUGAAUUUCUAAGGAACUACUAUUGACUACUAAAUUCGAAAUCUGGAGGUGUGAUUGGUACAUUCACAUGCCAAUCUAUUGCAUGAUCAACUAUUGCAGCC